AUGCAGUGCACCACAGCUCUGGCACCAGAGAGUGUCCUUGCUGAGCAUUAUCACGACCUUCAGAGGAAGCCCUUCUACCUAGCCCUAAUCAGCUACAUGAACCCUGGCCCCAUGGUGGCCAUGGUCUGGGAAGGCCCCAAUGUGGUCUGCACCUCAAGGGCCAUGAUAGGACACACUGACUCAGCUGAGGCUGCCCCCGGCACCAUUAGAGGAGACUUCAACUUCCGCAUUAGCAGGAACGUCAUCCAUGCCAGCGACUCCAUGGAAGAGGCCCAGAGGGAGAUCCAGCUGUGGUUCCAGAGCAAUGAGCUGGUGGACUGGGCAGAUGAAGGCCACUGCAGCAGCCUCUAUCUACCCAGCCUGAGCCUCAGGAUGUCCUCAGCUGCGCCGUCCACUCAGGACCAACUACCACAAGGACUUAAGCACAGAGCCCAGCCCUGUGCUCUGCCCACCAGUCCCAGAUCACUUCUCUAUUCACCUUCUGCCCCAGCCCAGGUCAGCUGA